AUGUUGUUAUUCUCACGCCUUCUCUCGCUCUCGGGGCCUACGGCGGCCGGGCUCCUGUUCUUCGCAUCGUACACAUCCGCGCUCGAGGGGUGGAAGUUCAACGAGGGCAAAACGGAGAUCCUGGGCAAUUCUUUUGGCGUGCCGGGCGUCGAGGUGACAUACGACUACAUUGUGGUUGGAGCGGGAACUGCCGGUGGUGCUGUUGCCGCCCGCCUCGCCCUUGCUGGCUUCUCCGUGGGCCUCAUCGAGGGCGGCUCCUUCUACGAGCUCGACAAUGGCAACCGCACCACCAUUCCCGGCUACGACCAAACUACACAUCCUAACGAUGCAGGCGCCUCUCUGGUCGAUUACGAUUUCGUCACCGGGCCGGAACCGGGCCUAAACGGUCGAAGCCUGCACUACACGCAGGGCAGGACCUUUGGCGGAUCCUCCGCCCUCAAUCUCAUGGGCUACCAGCGUGGUACUGUUGGCUCGUUUGAAAAAUGGGCCUCGAUAGUUGGCAACGACCUAUGGAAGUGGGACAACGUCUUCUACUUCUAUAAGAAAAGCGCCAACUUCACGCCACCAAACUAUGACAAAAUCGACCCCCGGUUCAACAUCAGCUACGAUCCCUCGGCUUUCGACAACUCCCUUGGUGGGCCGCUGCAGAUUUCGUAUGGCAACAACCAACAAGACUACUCACCGGGUGUCGCCCACGGUUUCGAAGCUAUGGGUCUGUCGCUCAUCCCUGGCCUGAACAGCGGCUACUUACUAGGCUAUGGCCCCAUGAGUGCGACAGUCAACCCCAAGGCGGCAACCAGGGAGACGUCGCAGACUUCGUUUGUGCAAACGGCCAUAGAUGAGACUGACAUUAAGCUCUACCAGACUACUACGGUCAAAAAGAUUCUGUUCGAUGACGACAAGAAGGCAAUUGGUGUUGAGGUAGAAGGCCACGGUGGCAUACCUGUCGUGUACAACCUGUACGCGAGCAAAGAGAUUGUCGUUUCUGCGGGAGCCUUCCGCUCGCCGCAGCUGCUUAUGGCCUCUGGAGUAGGACCCAAGGCUAUUCUGGACCAAUUUAGCAUCCCUGUCGUCGCCGACUUACCUGGUGUUGGCCAGGGCAUCCAGGAUCAAGUAUGGCUGGGCUUCAGUUAUGGUGUCAAUGUGACUACAAAGACCCAGAUUGUUCUUAAUAACCCUGACUAUACAAAGCCGGCCAUUGAUCUGUACCUUCAUAAUCAAUCUGGUCCACUUUCUGGUAUCGGUGCCGGAGAGCAAGUCGGAUGGGAGAAGCUCCCAAAGGAGAACCGCGCUCGCCUUACCAACGAAACGCUGGCUUGGCUCAGCACUUUCCCCGAUGACUGGCCCGAUGUUGAGUAUCAAGACAUCGCAUUCAGCUCCGUACCCGACGACAUUCGACCGGACGGACAAUACAUGACGUUUGGGGCGGCGCUGUUGACCCCUAAAUCUCACGGCAACGUAACGCUUCGCAGCAACGAUACCAAUGAUUACCCGGUCAUCAUGAUGAAUUACCUGCUCGACCCCGUCGACCAGGGCGUAGCCAUCGAAGCGUUCAAGCGGUUGCGGCAAUGGGCCCGGGGCAGCGGCAUCCUCGUGGACGAGUUCAAUCCCCCCGAAGACGUAGAGACGGACGAGCAGAUCUUCGAGUGGAUCAAGGCCGAGGCUACCUUCAUCUACCACGCCAGCUGCGGUUGUGCGAUGGGUAGGGACGACAAUCCCGCUGCUGUGCUUGACGCCCAGGCUCGUGUCCGCGGUGUUACGGGUCUUCGCGUUGUUGAUACGAGCUCUUUCCCUGUUCUUCCUCCGGGGCAUCCUUUGGCUACAGUCUACAUGGUGGCCGAAAAGAUCGCCAAUGCCAUCAUCAAGGGCGAACUGGAGUAA